AAGGUUCGAGAAGGCGGGUUUAAGCGCACAUCAGAAACAGACAGAGGCAGUAGAAAAUGCAAAUGAAAACCAGUGGGCGUUUCGUUUGGUUCGUUGAAUAAUCGGUCCGAAAACGACAAUCAAAAUUAAAAACGCUGAGCUCCCAUUUUCUUUCACGCUCUUUCGCUUUCAGCUCUCCGAUUACAUAAACGUUGCAACACUCUCCUCAUUGUACCAGAGAUGAGAAGACCUUUCGCUAUGGUUUCCCUUCGUUUCCUUUCGCUCUUCCUCUGUCUCCUCUCUUUUCAGAUCUUCGUUUCUUCGAUUCGAUUGCCCGGUUUGGACCAGGAAUCCAAAGCCACGCAUGGAUCGGUGCUUAGGUUGAAGAGAGGAGUGUCUUCAGUGAAGUUUGAUCCCACGCGGGUCACUCAGCUCUCGUGGAGUCCCAGGGCUUUUCUAUACAAGGGGUUUUUAUCUGAGAAAGAAUGCGAUCAUUUGAUAAAUCUGGCAAAGGAUAAGCUGGAGAAGUCUAUGGUGGCAGACAAUGAGUCUGGUAAAAGUAUAAUGAGUGAAGUCAGAACAAGUUCUGGGAUGUUCCUCAACAAGGCACAGGAUGAAAUAGUUACUGAUAUUGAAGCCCGAAUUUCUGCAUGGACAUUCCUUCCUGUAGAGAAUGGUGAGUCGAUGCAAGUGUUGCACUAUGAGAAUGGUGAGAAGUAUGAACCACAUUUUGAUUACUUCCAUGACAAAGCUAAUCAAGUUUUGGGUGGCCAUCGUGUUGCCACUGUAUUGAUGUAUUUAUCUAAUGUUGAGAAGGGCGGGGAAACAAUUUUUCCCAACUCUGAGGCAAAGUUGUUGCAGCCAAAAGAUGAGAGUUGGUCUGAAUGUGCUCACAACGGAUAUGCAGUAAAACCUCAGAAGGGUGAUGCAUUGUUGUUCUUCAGUCUUCAUCUGGAUGCAACUACGGAUACUAAGAGCUUGCAUGGAAGCUGCCCAGUCAUUGAGGGUGAGAAGUGGUCUGCGACUAAGUGGAUUCACGUGAGUGACUUUGAAAAACCAGUCAGGCAAGUGGGUAGUGGAGGCUGUGUUGAUGAGAAUGAUAAUUGCCCUAGGUGGGCUAAAAUAGGUGAAUGUGAGAAGAAUCCACUUUAUAUGGUUGGUGGUGAUGGAGUCAGAGGAAACUGUAUGAAAAGUUGCAAUGUCUGCUCUUCUUAGGAAGUCUAUACCUUUCUUUGCUCUCAAAUGCAUGUAGAGUUAUAAUACAUUGACAAAUAUAUUGUAUAUAACAUUCAUUUUUGUUGAACUUCAACAUGGAACUAUGCCAAUACAUUUCUUAGCUGUUUUUGAUACU